AUGGCCACCGCCGCCGCGUCGCUCGCGCUCGCACCCGCCGUCGCGCCGGCAUCGCGCCGUCGUCGCCUCCACGCGUCGCGAUGCCGGCGCGCGGCGUUCGCGAUCAGAGCCUCCGCGGAGGAGGACGCGGAAGAGGCGGUGGAUAGACCGCCGCCCGGUUGCUCGAGGUACACGGUGAAGAUUCGCAAACCGCUCGGGCUCGUGCUGGAGGAGAAGAGCGUCGGCGGGGAGAUCUACGUCGCGGAGAUCGUCGAGGACGGGAACGCGGCGAAGACGGGGUUGAUAAACGUCGGCGACGUCCUCAUCGCGACGUCCGCGCUCGUGUUCAACAGCACGAGCGACUACGGCGGCGUGACCGUGCGAAAGGGCGAGGAGACCGUGAGGCUCGCGUGUCGAGGCGAAAAAUUUGACACAGUGAUGACGGCCAUCGCUACGAACCCGUCGCAGCGGCUCGUGACCUUGGAGUUCCAGAAGUGCAUCUGA